AUGUUCUUUGGCCUCUUGUUGAUUUCGUGUCUAUUCUCAUCCACUUGUCUUGUCUUUAAGCCCUGCAACGUCUACAACUCCGCCGCCAGGAGUGAGAUUCCACACCAAGACUACAUCAAAAUCAACUUUUCUUCACAACAGGAGCUCAUAGGGACAAAACUAAGAGAGGAAGGCUUGACCGGAGCGCUUUUAAAGGGAUGCACGGACGCCAAGGAACGGAGUGGACUCAUAAAGAGAAUAAUCGACCGUAUCAACGCCAUAUACAGACAACAAGGCUACAUUAACAGCUCUGUGAAAGAGUACAGACUCACAGAUGCCGGGAAGUUGGAGAUUGACUGCUCAGAGAAUGCCAUUCCAAAGUCCAACUUUAGAUUCUACAUCAAGGACCCGAGAUUCGGCCAAUGUGUUGACAUUAAGCCGGAAAACAUCAUCAAGAAGUCGAGCUCUUGUCUUCCCUUUGGGAGAUUCACGCAAAUAGAGAGCGAUUACCUGGCCCAGAAGCUCUUUAGAGGCCAGGAACUCAUCAAGCUGGACCCCGUGAUAUUCGAGUGCAUUAAAAAAACUCGCCUCUACAAGGAUUUGGAGUAUGUAAUACACAAGAAGAGCGAUGGAAACGUCCAUUGUGACGUGUUUUGCCAAGGCUUUGGCCAGACAAAGGCUAUCAUUCCUGCUCUCUCCUUGUCGCUGGAAAGGGAAAUCCUCCUAAAUUUAGCCUACAGAGAUGCCAAUUUUAUGGACAGCAAGUCUGUGUUCCGUGCAUCCUGCAGGGUGAACUUGCCAAAACUUUUGGAAUAUGACCAUGCACUGCAGCUCCAGUUUUUGUCAGAUGUGGUUGAUUCGGCACUUUGGGACCGUGAAUCCAUCGAUUGCUCACUAGUAACAGUUUCUGCAGACUCUAACCUUGCAAAGGUUAUGGAUACAGGUAUUUCCGUAGCACUAAUGAAGAGGUUGAAGGGAGUAGAGUUUGUGGCGUCUGGAGGAGUUGACCCCAAGACUCUUUCAGUAUCCGCAGGAGUAUCUAAACGCUGCCAAAUCGGGCAUUUCAAAACAUUGGCUUCUCUUUCUCACAGCCAUGGUAAAAAAGAAGGUGAAAAGACGGAGUCAGACAAGUUCAGGAUUGAACAGAGAGCAGCUCUAAAUAUCGGAAAGAAUUGCAGAGUGAAUGCAAAAUACAUCGCAACAAACAAACUGUCUCAUGGAGACUUUAGGGGAAAGGUAGAAGGGAAUAAAAGGUGUUUUAUAGCCUCCCAUGAACUGCAGACGCAACUUUUCAAAUUUAAAAUCUCUCCCUUUGCAGGGGUUUUUUGCGACAUGCUACUAGAGGAAAACCUUGACACAAACAUCUCUGCGGGAAUAAAAGUCACAUGUUUAAAUCUGACACUUUCACUGCCAAUCCUUUACAUUUUACCAAAGGGACAUUUUAAAUUCCCAAAGCUUUCAAAGCUCUUUAAACACAGUGUUUUCCAAUUGGAAAAAAGUCUUUAA